UAUAAUAACGUUGGCAACAGUGCUAUGUGUUUUAAAGUAAUUUGGUGACCCUGAAAACCUGACAACUGACAUCAAAUUUUCAUAAUGUUGUGGUUUUAGAAGCAAGUUAUUCACAAUCGGUACCAUCGCUUUCAUAUGAAGAUUUUCAAAAACGAAUAUUCAAAGAAAUACAGUCCAUAAAAGUUGGAUUUACCAAAUUAGCACAAACUAUUGAACAAAAUAAAUGUCGCUGUGAGAAGGAAGAAGAAAUUGAACCAGACGAUGCGCUAAAAUAUUUUCCUCUCAAGACCACUGUAAAUGUGCAGAAAAUGGAAAAUAUUUUAGACAAAAAUGAAUACAAAAACAGAUUGAUUACUACGUUCAGUCGCAUUGGUGGUCAUAAAGUUGAGGAAAUUACCAAACUAAUCCUGCGCAAAUUGUUCGUGGAUGACCUGGCGCGGCAAUAUAGUUGGAUGGGAGCCAAAAAGAAACUGGUUUUUUCCAAUUUGAAGCUGUCAGAUGUGAUAUUAAAAGCUGUUCGAAAAAAUACUGUGGGGAAAAAUAGUACCGAAAAAGAUAUCAUUGAUAGCAUAAAAAAUUGGUUGCGUCAUGCGGAUGCCCGGAGUAAAAACCAGAAACGUCACCAGGAAAAUAGAACAAAUAAGGAGAAUAAUGACGAAGUCCUGGAGGAUGGGGCAGAAGUGGAGGAAGAGAUACGAGAUUCUGAGUAGUAAUAAAUUAUAUGUAG